UUCUCCUACAUCCCAUCCAAACUACUUAAGACACACAAAUUUCCAUCAAAGCUUUUAGUAGUUUCUCACUACAUUCUUCACCCCCCAACCCCCACAAAAAAAAAGUACAGUACAUAAAAGGAAAAAUGUCUCGUCACAGUUCAAAUUCGACCCAUUUCAUUUUGAAACUCUUUCUUGUGAUUUCUUUCUUUAAUGUGUGCUUUGCUUCAAGAAAGCUCACUGCUUUAGUCCAAGAUCAGCUCUUGCAGUACCACAAAGGUCCACUUUUAUCCGGCAAAAUCUCAGUCAAUCUGAUUUGGUAUGGCAAAUUCAAGCCAUCCCAACGAGCCAUUGUAUCCGAUUUCAUCACCUCCCUUUCUUCUUCAACUCCUUCUAAAUCCCAUCCUUCAGUAGCCGAAUGGUGGAAAACCACAGAAAAAUACUACUAUCUCGCCAAUUCCAAAAACACCCUUUCCCUCAAUUUAGGCAAGCAAGUGCUCAUCGAAAAUUAUUCCCUAGGAAAAUCACUGACCCAAAAACAAAUCGUGCAAUUGGCAUCAAAGGGUCAACAGAAGGACGCAAUUAACAUUGUUUUGACCGCCUCUGAUGUUGCUGUAGAUGGGUUCUGUGUUAAUCGAUGUGGGACCCAUGGGUCUUCUAAAGGUGCUAUUAUUAAAGGAAAAACUUACAAAUUUGCUUAUAUUUGGGUUGGUAACUCAGAGACUCAAUGUCCUGGAUACUGUGCCUGGCCAUUCCACCAGCCAAUCUACGGACCACAGAAUCCACCAUUGGGUGCACCAAACAAUGAUGUGGGUGUUGAUGGUAUGGUGAUCAACUUGGCUAGCUUAUUGGCUGGAACCGCCACGAACCCAUUUGGAAAUGGUUACUAUCAGGGCGAAGCAGAUGCGCCUUUGGAGGCUGCAUCUGCUUGCCCUGGUGUCUAUGCUAAAGGUGCUUACCCUGGCUAUGCUGGUGAUUUAUUGGUGGACAAAACUACAGGUGCAAGCUACAAUGCACACGGUACAAAUGGAAGGAAAUACUUGGUUCCUGCUUUAUAUGAUCCUUCUACAUCUUCGUGUUCCACUUUAGUCUAGAGAGACAACUAGUAUUUACAAAUAGGAUAUACUAUAAUCGAACCAUAGAUUUGUAAGAUAAAAUUUGUUGAUUCUUUCAUUUGUUUGAGAUAUGAUAAUAUAAGAAAAAAGUAUGUACUUUGUUAUGUCUA